UCCCGGUGCCCGUUCGCAGCUGCCGUCCCGGGUGUUCCAAAGGCUCCGGCAAGAUCUGCGCCUCCCGGGUCUCCCCACCCGCCAACCCGAUUGCUCCGCACCGCCACCUCUGGCUCCCGUCAGACUCCGCCCGGCAGUCGGCUUCAUCGAACUUGAUUUCUCACCUCCUCAGCCCCAUCACCUCCAGCCCCUUUCCCCCGUCUCGCCUCCACCCCCCCAAUUUCCUCCUCCUCGCCCCUCAUUUCCACCCUCCUCCCCCUCCCCCGGCCACUUCGCUAACUUGUGGCUGUUGUGAUGCGUAUUCCCGUAGAUCCGAGCACCAGCCGGCGCUUCAGCCCCCCCUCCAGCAGCCUGCAGCCCGGCAAGAUGAGCGACGUGAGCCCGGUGGUGGCUGCGCAACAGCAGCAGCAGCAGCAGCAACAGCAGCAGCAGCAACAGCAGCAGCAACAGCAGCAGCAGCAGCAGCAGGAGGCGGCGGCGGCGGCCGCGGCGGCGGCGGCGGCGGCGGCGGCUGCGGUGCCCCGGUUGCGGCCGCCGCACGACAACCGCACCAUGGUGGAGAUCAUCGCUGACCACCCGGCUGAACUCGUCCGCACCGACAGCCCCAACUUCCUGUGCUCCGUGCUGCCCUCGCACUGGCGUUGCAACAAGACCCUGCCCGUGGCCUUCAAGGUGGUAGCCCUCGGAGAGGUACCAGAUGGGACUGUGGUUACUGUCAUGGCGGGUAAUGAUGAAAAUUAUUCUGCUGAGCUCCGAAAUGCCUCUGCUGUUAUGAAAAACCAAGUAGCAAGGUUCAACGAUCUGAGAUUUGUGGGCCGGAGUGGACGAGGCAAGAGUUUCACCUUGACCAUAACUGUCUUCACAAAUCCUCCUCAAGUCGCCACCUAUCACAGAGCUAUUAAAGUUACAGUGGAUGGACCCCGGGAACCCAGAAGGCACAGACAGAAGCUUGAUGACUCUAAACCUAGUUUGUUCUCUGACCGCCUCAGUGAUUUAGGGCGCAUCCCUCAUCCCAGUAUGAGAGUAGGUGUCCCGCCUCAGAACCCACGGCCCUCCCUGAACUCUGCACCAAGUCCUUUUAAUCCACAAGGACAGAGUCAGAUUACAGAUCCCAGGCAGACACAGUCUUCCCCGCCGUGGUCCUACGACCAGUCCUACCCCUCGUACCUGAGCCAGAUGACGCCCCCGUCCAUUCACUCCACCACCCCGCUGUCCUCCACCCGGGGCACCGGGCUGCCUGCCAUCACCGACGUGCCCAGGCGCAUUUCAGAUGAUGACACUGCCACCUCUGACUUCUGCCUCUGGCCUUCCACUCUCAGUAAGAAGAGCCAGGCAGGUGCUUCAGAACUGGGCCCUUUUUCAGACCCCAGGCAGUUCUCAAGCAUUUCAUCCCUCACUGAGAGCCGCUUCUCCAACCCACGAAUGCACUAUCCAGCCACCUUUACUUAUACCCCGCCAGUCACCUCAGGCAUGUCCCUCGGUAUGUCCGCCACCACUCACUACCACACCUACCUGCCACCACCCUACCCCGGCUCCUCCCAAAGCCAGAGCGGACCCUUCCAGACCAGCAGCACUCCAUAUCUCUACUAUGGCACCUCGUCAGGAUCCUAUCAGUUCCCCGUGGUGCCCGGGGGGGACCGGUCUCCUUCCAGAAUGCUACCGCCGUGCACCACCACCUCGAACGGCAGCACGCUCUUAAACCCAAACCUGCCUAACCAGAGCGAUGGCGUUGACGCCGACGGAAGCCACAGCAGUUCCCCCACCGUUUUGAAUUCUAGUGGCAGAAUGGAUGAAUCUGUUUGGCGGCCCUAUUGAAACUUCCUCAGCAGUGGCCCAGCGGUCUCUGGGAGCCACGUCCCAAAUGUAUCGACAUAUACAUGUAUAGAGAGUGCAUAUAUAUGUAUAUCAACUAGCCUAUCUACAAAGUGCCUAUUUUUUAGAAGGUUUUUUUUUUUGGCAUUCACUCACUCUGUCAUGAUCUUGCAACCCUCAGAGGGUAGCUCUUGAGAAGCAAGAGGCCCGAGAGAGACAAUCCUAAUCAGAUUUCAGAUCAUUCUCUAUUUAAACAUGUGCCUUUGCGAGCAAACAAAGGAGAAAAGGUACUUCUGUUGCUGUGGUCAUUUGGUCUGUUAUCCUCAGUAACCUGUUCAGAUGCCAGUUCAGAGAGGGGGACUCCCAAGUUCAGGAGGAAGAGCAGAGACGCUUGUCCCCUGUGCUUUGACACCACACACCCCCGCGGUGCCGCUGUGUGUGGACCAGUGCCCUCGGCAGACCCGCUGACACAGCCGGGCCAGGUGCCCACGAAGGGAAGAGGGGCAGAAAGAACGCUUCCAUCCCCGUG